AGUUUUGUUUUCGGCCCGAGCCCGCAGGGCCCUGCGCGCGCCAUGGACUCCAUUUUUGAUUUGUUCGAUGGCCCUCGUAAGCACGCGGCCACGUGGUGCUGGCCGACCAGAAGACGCGUGAUGUCGGAUUGAACGAAUUGAUUGCAACACUGGCCCGAAUAUUUGAUUCCUCGUCUGGGCCGAUGGCCUGAGUGUAUUGUUUUUGUCGCUGGCCCGCCCAGUUUUCCAUUUUUACCCAGUCUCCGAUCAUUGUGUUCAUUUUGAUUUCAGGGGCCCCGAUCUCCGACGACAUGAAGUGUUCCGCCGGCGAUUUUUCCCUCGAAAUCGUUUUUUUUUCGCUGCCGCGAGGGGGGGGAUGCGGGGCCUUGCUGUUUGCAGGGCUGGCGGGGCGUGCUCCCGCCAGGCGGCAGGGGGGGAUUUCAUAGUCCCACGACUGUUGUGGGGGUGAUGAGGGUCGGCCAUGGACUGCGAGCGAGCCCCGCCUGGCGGAGGGGACCCCGCACACCGUGAUGAGCGACCUGGCGAAAGACGUGCUUGCGGCGCCCGUGUGUGGCGCUCACGUGCCCAAUAACACCGACACCGUCAACAACUACCAGUUGUGCGAUGGGCAGCCGCACGCGGGACACCUCCAGGCCUCGCACUGGGCCGACGGCGGCGCAUUCCGAGAAACCGGUCAUGGACACGACUGCAGCGCCCUGGCGUGGUGCUCGCCUCCUUUACCACCUGAGAGACACCACGGACGUUACCGAGCUGCGCAUCGAGAGGGUCCUCGAGGACCUGCUGGACCACCGCAUGCCCGCCGUGCCAUGCCUCCGCCAUUCGGACCUCCUCCAGCUCAGUCAUUGCAGCCAGGGACGCCGACAUCCUGCCGCUCACUUCGCUGCACCUGAAGCCCUGCGCGCUCGUGCUCAACCAGUCGCACGCGUGACUCGCGGCACCGUCUCGCGCGUAGCAGCUCUCGCUUCAGGCGCGCGGACCGAGACGCAGGCAAAGAAGGCGCAGGCGAACAUCGGCGACGAGCACGGCAAUCACAACGGAGAACGACGCUGAGGAUAAUGUCGCCAAAGAGUCGCCCGUCGAGUACGCCGCUCGUUCUUGCUUGGUACCGAAUGUGCUCACGCGAGGACUUGCCUGACAAGCACGAGCUCCCCGAGCAUCUACAAGGCCAUCGCGAAGAGCGCGCGCAUGAGCAACACCAUCUGCAUAACUAUCGCCCACGCGGAAACUCGCACGAGUACCCGUGAUCAUUGAAAUUGUGACCCGCCAAAGGGCUUCUUCAAUUUGAUCGAGGAUUUCGCAGAGUGCGGUUGACGGAAGGACGUCCUUGCAUGGGCACCUGUUGCCCAUUUUCAUUAUAGUCCUAUUCGUUUCUUCGCUCAGUACGCUCCUCGGGCCCACCCUGUCGCCCUCUCGCUUCUUACGCUUGAUCGCCCCCAUUGCGCGGCGCCGUUGUAACGCGCGGCCUAACAGAGUCACGCAUGCAACCGAGGAUCAUUGCAACGACUAGCUUACUGUAUUUUCCUUCUGUCCGAGAGGCUGUUUCCCCUGGUUUUCCGUGCCCGGUGUCAAGCGGGGAGGCCGGUCGCCAGCGCGGGGUGUAAGCGUUGCGGCAUGGGGGAGGAGUUGCGGAGGGGGAUGUGCAACUCAUGCAUGCCAGUGCGUUCUUUUCUUCCCUUGAGAAGAUUUGUUGGGGCCUGGGAACAGUUGCCCAGACUGUGUCCUUCAAUUGUUUAGUGUUGGUUCGCGUUCAGUUUCCAUCCAGCUGAACUGGUCAUUCCCGAUGUCCACGAUGAUCCGAGCUCUACUGCACAUUUUGCACCAGACCACUACACUGCGUACUGUUUGAAAUUGCCCUGACGCGACCCUUCUCACCAAAAGGAUUUCAAGGGCACCAAGGCUAGCACCUACCCUUUGGCGAUGCGAUUCGCAUUAUGCCUGCAAAGACAGAGAUGAACACAUGACGUUCAAUGCCACCGUUGUCGUCCCCAAGUGGCUGUGAAGACCAGGCUGUUUUGUCAAGGGCUGGGACGCGGCAUUGACCGGGCCACUUCAGAGGAUGACUCGCAGCGUCGUGCACAUCUCAGGAGAUGAUGGACCACAUAACUGCGCUUACUCUUUAUCCCCA